AUGUCUCUUCAUCGUGGCCGUCUAAAGACACUGGCCCCAAGCACAUCUCCUCGUCAUGGUGACCUUUUGCACGCACUGCGAUCGAAUCAGCGUGAGGCAGAUGAAAACCUGAUAGAUGAGUUAGUUUGCAAAGCCCCUACUCCCUACACGUCACUGAUCCACACGUCCAAAUUUGGUGGUCGUCGUCCAGAUCCAUCCCCAUACCUGUCGUCACCCGUCCCGGUGGUCUCAUUAUCUCGAUUGACAUCUCCUAAGGCUGAAAAGGAGCAGACAAAAGAAAACGACCCUGUUGCGUGUGACAGUCCGCAAACCACCGUGAUGCGGUCUGCAAGGCUCAUUGGAGCCCAGCAGAAUUUGUGCCCAGAAGAAGAGAAUAAACCGAUGAACACUCGGAGUCGCUUCCCUCCCUGUUUCACAUCACCUGCUCACACUCGACCAGAACCUGUUCCCACGCCGCACGCGUCCCUGAUCCGCACUACCAGAUUCGGCGGUCGCCGUCCGACCACAUCUCCCUCUUUGGUGUCACCCGCUCCGGUCGUAUCCUUGUCUCGAAUCGAUUCCCCCUUUGUUCAUGAAGAGCAAGUUGUAGAGAUCGUCAGUGUUCCGCCCAAACAGCGUCGAUUGUCCAGUCGUAAGAAGGUGUCUUUUCGGUUCUGA